GUGUGGGCCGUCGCUUAGGCGAUAAGGUGGCACAUUAGGCGUUCUUUUGGUAGCCCUAGGAUGGGCUCUGGGCAAAGUGUGAGCAGGGGAACCCCUUUGGCUGAGAUUCUCGAGAAAUGGAAAAAUAUUUCUGGCACCCAUGGGUUAGGUAAAAGGAGAGCUGUAAUUUUGUGUAAAGUCGAGUGGCCAGCGCUGACUAUUCAGACGCCCUUUGGAUGGCCACCCGACAGAACUUUUGGACAGGAUGAAUUAACCUGCCUUAGACAAAAGCUGGAGGACAAAUAUCCAGCUCAAAUGGAUUAUUGGUAUGUAUGGGAUAAUUGGGCAUAUGCCCGAGGUAAGGGGUGCCCCUCGACUUUGGGCUCUGGUACCAGAUCUAAGGUUUGUAUGCCGCUUGCGGGUUCCGCUCCACCCUAUGCUGCCUUCCUGCCUCCGUCUCUCCCUUCUACUCCUCACCCUGGCCCCGCUCCUCUCCCCGCUGCCCCUCUGUAUCCCUCUUUAACCCUGCCUUCUGUGGCACUUCAGGCGCCCCUGAUACAGCCGCUCAUUAUAACACAUGGGCCGGACGGCGGGGAGUAAGUGGCAAUGGUCACGGUUCAUCACCCUUUCGGCCCUAGGGAUCUAAUCACCUGGCAGUCGCAGAUGCUGAGGUUGUGCGACAAUCUGGAACGGGUUCUGCAGACUAUCCGAUCCGUCUUUACGGCCUUUAACACUAACUGGGCGGACGUUGAGGCUAUUUUGCAGACUCUAUUUACCCUGGACGAAAGAUAUUCCAUCUUAGACGCCAACCGCCGUUCGGCCGGGGGGCCCGGGGGAGGGCCUGGCUGGCCAGACACAGAUCCUGGGUGGGAUGUCAGCGUGGAGGGGGGUAAGGCCACCCUCUCAGCAGCUCAGGAGGGGCUUGUGGAAAGCAUCCGCAGGGCAGGUAGUAAGACUGUGAAUUGGUCCAAAAUUAGAGAGUGCCAGCAAGACUUAAACGAGCAUCCAUCUGCCUUUUUGGCCCGCUUGUUUAAGCAAGUUAGGAUGUACGGGGGAGGGGUGGAGCCAGAAGCCGAGGUUAGCCGCACGAUGAUGGUCUCUUACUUUGUCGAUCAAGCGGUGCUGGACAUAACGAAGUAUUUCACUAAACAUGUUCCCGACUGGCCAGGAAAACCCCUAAGCGAAGUAGUUCGCCUGGCCACUUUUGUGUUUAAUGGUAGGGACGAGGAAAAAGCUAAGGAAAAACGUAAGCAAAAGAAGGAGGAAGUAAGUAUGUUGGCAGCUGCAUUGCAGGUUCCCUUGGGGAAUCAGCACUGGCAGGGACAUGGGAAUACAAGGGGAAGGGGACGCAGUACAGGACGAGGAGGAGGCUGGGGCGGGACAAGGAACGGGAACUGUAAUUAUUGUAAGCAACCGGGGCCCUGGAAGAGGGAAUGCCCCCUGCUUCCAUGAGGGGCUCCUUGGCAGGAUCAGCCGGAGACCUGUUCUUCCCCUAACGCUCCCCAGGACUUCGCUAAUCCCCAGGGACUAGAGGCGGAGAUUUUGGGAACCUUGGGAGAGUUGGAAUGGGAUUUGGGGUUACAGUCGCAAAUUUAUCUAAAAGUUGGGGAACAGCUUGUGCCUUUUUUAGUAGAUACCGGUGCCACCCUCUCCACUUUAACUUUUGUUCCUGGCUCUCUUUCCGAUACCAAAGUUUGGAUGCAGGGUAUAGAGGGCAAUCCGUGCCCGGCUCCCCUAUCCUACCCUGUCCCUGUUGAGCUUGGUUCUUUAAAGUUGUCACAUAGAUUUGUUGUAAUGCCAGAGGGCCCCGCGAACCUUCUCGGGCGGGAUGUGCUGAGCAAACUGGGGGCACACAUAUAUUGGGCCCCCGAGGGGCUCCGCAUGUCCGUCCCGGACUCGGCUGUUGCUUCUCUUAUGUCAUUGGCUACCCCUGUUCCUGACGUCCCCUCUGAAUUGUCCAGUGUUCCACACAGUUUGUGGAGCACGAAUUCUACCGAUGUAGGCCUUCUUAAAUCAGCCGUUCCAGUUAGUCUGGAAACAAGGGACAGACCGCCUCCCUCCGUAAAACAAUACCCCUUGCCGAGGGAGGCGGAAGAGGGCAUUUCACUUCUUAUUGACAGCUAUUUGACUCAGGGGGUUCUAGUUCCCUGCAGUUCGCCCUGUAAUACUCCCAUUCUUCCUGUAAGGAAGACUAAACCGGGCCUGGACGGGCGUCCAGUCUAUCGGUUUGUUCAGGAUCUACGGGCUAUAAAUGGUUAUGUUAUAGCCCCCCAUCCAGUUGUCCCUGAUCCGAGCACCAUUCUAACACUGAUUCCUCAGUCGGCCACUUGUUUUACUGUCGUAGAUUUGUGUGCGGCAUUUUUCAGUAUCCCUUUGCACCCCGAUUCUCAAUAUUUGUUCGCGUUCACCUGGAAGGGCCAGCAGCUAACGUGGACACGUCUUCCCCAAGGGUUCUCAGGCUCCCCCACUAUUUUUUCCCGGAUUCUCACCGAGGAUUUAAAAGAUUUUGUCUUGCCUAGUUCGUCUGUCCUAGUUCAAUGUGGAUGAUUUGUUAGUUGCUGCCUCUGAUUAUAAUGCAUGUUUAAUUGACUCUGUUGUUUUGCUUACUGCCCUAGCCAAUAAGGGUCAUCGUGCAUCUCCAUCCAAAUUGCAGCUGUGCAAAGAUCAGGUAAUUUAUUUAGGUUUUGUGAUUCGGCCUGGAGAGCGUUUACUCUCCCCUGAUAGGGUGCAGGCAAUCCAGGAUUGCCUGUGCCCGACUACGAAAAAGCAGUUGCGGGCUUUCCUGGGGGCUGCGGGGUUCUGCCGACCCUGGAUAGUGGCCUUCGGGGAAUUGGUGAAACCGUUAGUCCAAGCCACCACAACAUCGACCCCUGAUCCUGUCUCCUGGACCCCGGAAAUGGAAGCCGCUUUUGAAUCCACCAAGAAGGCUCUGAUCUCUGUGCCCGCCUUGGGACUCCCGGAUUACGGUAAACCAUUUUUCCUCUUCAGCCACGAGCAGCGGGGAAUGGCCAGUGGUGUCCUAUUGCAGUACCUAGGGGAUCACCCACGCCCCAUAGCUUACUAUUCUGUACAAUUAGACCCUGUCAUUCGGGGAUCGGUCUCCUGUGUGUGGUCCAUUGCCACUCCAGCCCUUAUGGUGGAACGGUCAUGCCCUAUUGUUCUGGGGCACCCUUUGACUGUCUGGGUCCCCCACGAGGUUGAGGUUCUUUUAAAACAGCAUACAACGCAAGCGCCGUCUCCGCAGCAGGCACACAAAUACGAGCUGAUUCUGCUGGCCGUUGACAACAUCACCCUUCACCGCUGCAACGUCCUCAACUCCGCUACACUGACACCCCUUUCGGAGGGUGGCACACCUCACCAUGUAUGUAUGGACGUCGUCACUGCGAGCGGUAAGCCUUGCCCGGAUUUACGUGACCUCCCUCUGAAAAACCCGGACCUGUCCCUUUUUACCGAUGGCUCCUCCUUCUAUUUGGAGGGCCAGCGGGUAUCCGGCUAUUCCGUCACUACUCAGACAACCGUUGUAGAAGCAGCCCCCCUUCCACCUUCCUUUAGUGCUCAGGGCGCGGAAUUGCACGCUCUUACUAGGGCUUGCUUGCUGUCUGUUGGGAAAUCUGUUACCAUUUAUACAGACUCUAGAUAUGCCUUUGGGGUUUGCCAUGCUACGGGCCAGCUCUGGAAACAGCGAGGGUUUCUAACCUCCUCAGGCACUAAGAUUGCAAAUGGCCCUUUAAUCUCUGCACUUUUGGACGCCAUUCAAGAUCCUCUCGAACUGGCUAUUGUCCACUGUUAUGCUCACCAGCAGUCUGAGAAUCCUGUCUCUGAAGGUAAUGCCUUGGCUGAUGCGGCCGCAAAGACUGCUGCCCUUCAGCCCCUCCCGGUGUCUGCAACUCUUCUUCUGGAUACAUCCUUCCCGUUGACGGACUGGAUGCACUUGUAUGCUGAUGUGCCACCUGGUGAGCUCCAGGACUGGAAAUGUUGGGAAGGCUCUGAAGGUGUUGAUAAGGACAAUGAAGCUGAACGAGCGAAGCGUGGCGCAUUAUGCCACAUGUGACUCUCCGGCAGAUCAUGCUGGCUUCCUCCACAAGCGUGUCGAGCGGCACCACCACCACCACCACGCCACUUCCUACCACCGUCGCUGGUUCAUCCUCAAGGGCAACCUGCUGUUCUAUUUUGAAGAUCGUGAGAGCCGGGACCCCCUGGGGCUUGUUGUGCUGGAGGGCUGCACCGUGGAACUGUGCGAGGCUGCCGAGGAGUUUGCCUUUGCCAUCCGCUUCGAUGAUGCUGGUGCCAAGGCCUACGUGCUGGUGGCCGACUGCCAGGCCGCCAUGGAGGGAUGGGUGAAGGCGCUUUCACGAGCCAGCUUUGAUUACAUGCGUUUGGUGGUGAGAGAGCUGGAAAAGCAACUGGAGGAUGCCCGUAAGAGCUUGGCUGCCUGCCACAAAUCUCCAAGAAAGUCAUCAUCUGGCAGAAAAAGGCAUUUGUCCAAUCCUGCGAUGGCGCUCGUCCAGGAGCAGCCUCCCAUCUUGGAGAACGGUUACUCCACAUGGGGCAGUGGUUACAUCCCUGCAGGGGCCUCCUGUGCUGACCACGAUGGGGGGUGUUCCAAACCCCCGCCUCUGCCUCCUCGCCGGCGCUUGGCAGCUGGCAGUGGAUGCGGAGCACUCAUCACCGGCCUCUCUUUGACUGGGCAGGAAAGCCCCAUGUCUCCGGAGACAGCCUGUUUCUCCAAGCUACACAACUGGUACGGUCAGGAGAUUGCGGAGAUAAGGAGGGAGUGGCUGGAGAGCCAGAGGAGUGGGGAACUGUGAACUGGGGAAGGCAAGGCAUGGAGUGACACCAAGCCCAUUUCGACAUUAUUGUUGCUGUACUUGGUGACCUCUCUCCCAUCCAGGAGAAUAGCCAGAUAAGUGACAAUGUUUUCUCUCCUUCCUUUCUGGAAUCAUUGCAUGUUGGGUGGGUGAGUGAGGUUGGGAUCUAGGAGAGACACCAAUCUUCCCAAGACCUCGUUUUCACCUUUGAGCCCUCAGACAGUGUAUGUUCCCCUGUGGAAUAUUGCAGCAGGGCUGUAAAGUGUCAGGAACUGUAGAUUUUGAAUCUGGGAUGGAGAUUGUGGAGUGGGGUGUGUGUGACCAGACUUGCAUACACAAAAUGGGCAUCACUCUGCUUCCGUUCAGGUGGCUGUUUUUAUUCCCUACCAAUCUGGACUGGAUGGAGUGGUGUGUUUUAUUGUUAUGCCUUCUUUGAGUAAUCUGUUCUGAUUUAUCGUCAGCAACUGAAUGUUUGCUUAGGUUAGAGGUAAGGAGCAUCUAUUGCCUGUUAACUCUUAGAAAAUGGCUUCUUAUGUCACGCUCACAUUCCUUCUGAGCCCCAGAGUAAUCAAUGGUGAAUUAAGACUGGAUUGAACAGAGUGGCUGAACUGGGCCCUUUGCUCUGAAGAGCACCUGAAGGUGUGUAGCUCUCACACCUCUCACUGGCCUGGACUCAAGCAGAUUUGGGGCUGCAUUGUUUGGGCUGGUCCAUGGGCCAUAUUUCACCUUAAUCAAUCCCUGAUGGUGCUUUACCCUAGUCUCAGUCUAUCUGAUUUGAAUGGGCUCAGAUUUAUGGAUAUAGGACUCCCAGCCUUCAAAACUAGGAUCAGAUUCUUAUACAAUAUAUCCAGUAAUGAAUUAUAGUAUGGGUUGGCUAAAGAGAAGAAACAUAAAAGGCCACCAAAGGAUUCUGGAUCAUAUGGUUGUAUCAAGCAUGAGGGCAGGUGUGACUCAAUAACCAAUAAUUAUUUACACAAGUCUGUGGUACCAACCGUUCCUCCCGCAGUAAAUUCUUGACAGAGGUGAGGAGUGCAGGGAUCUGUCACUGCCCAUCUCGUUGCAUAUUAUAGAAUUAGCAUAUCUAUAAGUGUAUUUUAGGUGCUGUAGUAUUUAUGGUGGGUAAAAGGAGGCAGUGUGAGGUAGGGGCAUGGUGAUACUUGGGUGCGCACCACCUUUCACAAAAAAACCCAACCCAACCCAAACCCUGCUAAACCUAUCAGACAGACUUGCAGAGACCGCCACAAACUCAUAUUUUCCCCUCUCUGAAUGUGAGCUUGGAAGCAAGACUCCCAGAGAGGCAGCAAAUUCUGGACUGAACCAAAGGUCAGGAGAACAGAACUCCCAAAUUCUAAUCUUGCUCUAGCACUGAUGUGCUGUGGCGCCCUGGCCAAGUCAAUUAACCUCAGACUCUCCUUCUGUAAAAUGGGGAUAAUAAUACUUCUUUACCUCCCAAAGGCUUCUGUUGUUAACCUCAGUACAGCGUGUUGAUUGUGCAAAGUGUUGUAUGUGGUACAUGGUCACGGUUCUUAGGGUAUGGCUGAGGACACUAAUUGUCCAGACCCAAAUUUUGGCUGGGUCUUUCUGAUGAUACUGUAGCUGAGCCCCUACUCCCAAAAGUGGGGCCUCAUCACUGGAACACACACAUACAACGCAGAAGGGGAGGAGAAAAUCAGUGGAGGAGGGACAAAGAUAAUCGUGCACUCUGUAGGGAUGGGGCAGAGGGGGAAGGGCAUGAAGAGAGGCAUUUGGGGUUAAGAGAGACUCACCAGUGUGUCACUGACGCUGUUGUGAAUCAAGUCCAUAGCGUCUAUAAAUGAAAAUGAGUUGAGAGAGAGGCUGCUAGGCCACAAAUUGCUGUUAAAAAGGUAGUUGGGCUUCGGCGGGGAUAAAGAUACAUGGACAAAUAGUCCAGGGACUGUGUAAAAAGCUGGUGGAAAAUAUUAUGUAGAGAGAGUAUUUAUAAUUUUCCUACUCUUUCCUUUUAUCCUCUUAGUAGGAACUUUGUUUCAGAGCAGAACACGUUGUGCAGACCCCUGCUACCAGCCAAAGAAUGUUUUUAACAAUGUUUUUAAUUACAUGUACCAUUAAUGAACCAUACCGUGAGAGCAAUGAGCGUCUCUGGCUUGUGCACUAAUAGGCUACUGGGGCACUUCUUGGCUGGUUGAAGCAUUCAGUCUUGUUCUUCACAAUGUGCAGGAGAAGCUUCCAAAAGCACAAAGGGAGUCACGCCUCCAACUUCCAAUGCUUUGGGUGCCUAGCGCCCUGUUGUAAAUCUCAAAUGGCGCGACUUUGAUCUGUGAACAACAUAAUCUGUGUAUCUCUUAUUCACUGCUGCAUUUCGGUUUCUUUAUAGUGUUCUUUGGCUGAAAUCCCCACCCCUUUACCUGUAUCAUAUCUACUACAUUCAUGAGUUAAAGGGGACACUGCCAACUAGUGCAGGCUCCAAGUUCUGUUUUGUCCUGGGGUUUUUUGGUUGGGGAUGCAGAAAGUGUUUAUAAAAGUUAAUGUGGAGAGAAAUAUUUUUGAGACUUUUUAAAGUCUAUAAAAACCAGCUGUAUUUGGAAGCUUAAACCUUCCCUGUCACUGUUGGAAACCCAAAGACACCAGCAAUUUGCUGGUGCCUGAGAACCAUGAAGUGAAAAUGACUGAAAGAGAAAAUAAGUAAUCCAGCCUGUUUUGCUGUUGGAGCUGAAAUUGGAAUAGUAUAAUUGAUUUAAGUCAGUUUUAUUUUUAAGAUUCUUCUCAUUUUAAUAAGACUAAGUAGUGUUACUAAUACUCCUAAAAGCUUUAUUUUAAUAUUUUUAUUUUGCCUAUCCCAUUACAUAGUUUUCACGCUAUCUGGCUUCAUAGCUAGUGUGUGUGCUAAAUAGUUAUUUUUGAAGUGUGACCCACAGUGUUCUCUUCAAGCAUCCAGUGUUUUUCUAAUGAUUUUUUUGGUCUUUAUAUCCCUAAGUCCUGUGAACCAGGGGCAGGAUACCAGUGUCUGUGUUUGGGAUAAUUUUGUUUAUUAAUGAUCAGAAACUAAAACAUUGAGUGAUAUUUGUGCUUCCCCUACAAAUGUUUUUGAGACUUCAUUUGGUUAUGGGGUGCAGCAUGACUUUAGAUGCACUGAUUUAGGGUUUUCAUCAUCCCUUUCCCACCUCAGUUUCAUAUUAGGUAUUGGCACCUGGUGUCUUUAAAAAAAAAUCAUAUUUGGGUCUGUGCAAAGAUCUGCUCAUGUGUAGUUAGUUUUCUUUGCUGGCUGAGCAAAGGCAAGUGCUCCUUUAGGCGGGGGAUCAGUUAACUAGUGUGUGUGUGCACCACUGCCUUCUAUUGGAUAGAAUAUCAAACCUGCUUAUCAGUCCUGCUGGCUGUGCCCUUGAACUGCUCCCUAGGCAGAAGGUGAGGACUUCUGUUCCCUGAUAUUGCAGUUGAGUUGGUUAAUGGACCAUUCUGCCUUUGCAUCUUCAGGCACAGAUCAUUACAGGGCAAGGGAGACAUGUCAUUGCCUGCCAGCACAGUCUCCCCUGCAAAAAUUUGAGACAUAGCUUUUAGCCAAACUUUUUUCUCCCAAUCAUUUAGGUUGGGGUUGCUUAUUCUUUUACACCCCCCCCCCGCCCCUUUCAUUAUUCUUAAACAGUGAAAAUCUCUGAACAGAACAGAAUUUCUAGCAAAAGAGGACUGAAUAUUUUAAAGUUUGAUAGCUGUCCCUCUGAAGUUAUUCAAGAUGCUGUCUUUUCAAAUAAAUCUUUGGUACAAUAUGAAAAGCUCUUUCUGUCAUAUAUGGGAGGAAAAUGCUUGAUAAAAUUUCAGUAAUAGAGGGAGGCUGGUGGUUCUGGUAUGUUUUUCACGAGCUCUGCCAAAGAUUGGGUCUGAUCCUGCCAAAGUAAUAAUUGAAGUCAUUGUACUCUUCUGAGGAAGGGUUUUCAUCUCCAGACCCGUUUGCUUUAUAGCUUUAUUUACCUACACUUUGUUGUUAAAAAAAUCCAACCACUAUGAUGUUUACCACUUGGUUCAAAUUGAGACAGGGCUGAUAGUAACCAAAAUACGUCAUCUGGUGGACCCAUGUGAAUUUAGGGUUGCAGACUAUUUCCCAGUGGCAUACUUGUUCCCAGCCAAUUGAAGUGUUUUUUGUGAUGUUUUAGUAGAGAGGCCAAAGGUUCAAAUAGCCAUGGAGAUUGACCUGCCUGCUCACCCAUACAGGUGGCAUCUCCAGACGAGUAACAGGAGGUGAUGGUCGGAAGCUUGCACCUAUGGUGUAUUUGGUCUGUGGAUUAAGUGGAGAUGAGUCUCCAGUUCUGCUAAUCUAGCAUCUUUCGCCAGCACCAAAUUCACUGGUAAAGUCUGUACAAUUUAACAAAGAACACUAAAAACAACUUGCAGUAUGUUUCUCCCUAGUUACCGUGAAGUGUUUAAGUACUUUAAGUAGAUAUUGUAUUUUUUUAAAGAAGGCAGUUUUGCAUGGCCUUUAUUUUAUAUAAAAACAGUAUAUUAUUGUGCAUUUAAUUGUUAACAUUUGUAUUUUGUAUUUUAAGCUAGUAAUACUAAAUAAACAGGUUUUGAAUUCGGA